GAUGGUCGCGGAGUUCGAGGGGCGGCUGCACUGAACGAAACCCUGACGCUGACAGACAAAUAUAGCAAACCACCUCUUUACUGAACAUCUCUGCUAUAUCUCAUCAACACCUACAAUGGAUUCCCUGCUGCUUCUGCGCAGGACCCUCUCCGCGGGAAAAGAACCUGCCCUGCUGGCCGCAGAUGGCUCCGCUGCAACAGACAUCGCGGACGCGGCACAGCUCUCGUUCGCCGACCAGGACCAGCCCACAGCCAUCGACCUCGCAACACCCACGCGCUUCGUCCGCCAGCGAGCGCAGGUGGGCGAGGCCGGUCCCGUUGAUCUGCGCGGAGUCUACUUUGCCUGGCUGUGUCGGGAUCAGAACGUUGCAUCGUACCUCACCGCCUGCCAGGAGAAAAACAUCGCCAACCUCACCUUUGUCGAGCGUACCUCGCUAAUCACUUGGCUUCAGGGCGCAGACGACCACUCCGAGUUCAUCGUCUCCGAGAAGCAGGCUCAGGCAAAGGACAAAGCAGAGGCCGGAAAGCCGGCUGCUGCUGCAAAGACCCCGCUUGAUCCACGGCUCACCGAAACAUACGCCAACGAGCGAGUACUCCAAGAUCACAAUUCCGUCCUCGACGGCGUCAAGCCCACCAGCUUUGAGUACGUUCGCAAAGAAGCAGUCACCAACUUCCUGCAACCCGCCCGUGAACGAGCCGCGGGUGCUUCUCGUCGUCCCACCGCAGCUGCCUCGAACGGCAGCUCUUCCGCCGCCGCCGCGGUCUCAAACCCGGCCCGAAAACAAAGAAGAGAGCCGAUUAUCCUGCUCUCGCCAUCGGCAUCCGCCUUGCUCACGAUGACAAACGUCAAAGAUUUUCUCGAACGUGGCGUGUUCUCCUCCGCCCCUACAACAGCCUCUGGAGAAUCUAUCCAAACUAUAUCCCGCGCGUCUGCACGUAUAGGCCAACUUAGGUUUUUGGUCGUCGACUCUGUAGAUCGCUUCAAGCCGGACUACUGGGAGCGCGUGGUCGCGGUCUUCACCACCGGCCAGACCUGGCAGUUCAGAUCGUAUCCCAACGGCCUGAACAAUCCCAACCUGCUGUUCCAGAAAGUCAAGGGUUUUUGCCUAAACUACGCUGGCGACCCCUUACCGGACAACAUCAGGUCCUGGAACGUCGACGUCGUCCAGAUCGAUAAGGUGCACCGGUUCCGAGAUAGAGAGACAGUCGAAGGGCUGUGGGAUAGUCUGGAGAAGUGGAUGGAGGCCCGCGGCUGGAGCGGCCGUGGAGUGCAGAGCUAGGCUGCGAGUCGGAACGAAAAGCAUCGAUUGUCUACUCUCAGAGAAGAAAAUGUACUAUUAUCAUGCGUGUACAAUAGAAUUAAUGAACUGCUAGUUGGGUGUAUUACAU